AUGGCGCCUUCAAGAGGCGCGCCUAUCGACGACAGCAGCGAUGAUGUUGCGAUCCAGCAACAGGGUAAUACGGCGCUCAUCAAUGCGCGACGCAAUUUCAAAUACCUCAUUGACCCAGGGGCGGCCGACCGACCAGCGCGACUACGAACACGGGCGUUUCUACGCACUUUCCGGUACAUCACUCAAUUCAUCUUCUGGCGCAUCGUCCGCUGGGCCAAGUAUGCCGCGGUUGGUGCCAUUGCUGCAGCGAUCGGCGCCACUGCUUUUGGGGGUGCUGUCACUGGCGUGGCAUGGAUCGCAGCUCCGCCCACAAUAGGUGCUAGUAUCAUCGCGGCGACCGUCUGGGGCGUUGGGAAAUAUGCUGCACGUAAACUUCACAAAAGAUGGCAGAGGUCUGGUGGAGACGCAGGCGAAGCUGCGCGUGAACUGCAAGAGCAACAUCCACUCAAGCGUGAAGGUACAAUGGGUCAAGAGACGGGACCACAGGCUAUACCGUGGUAG